CUGUACGCGUGGAUAAAAUGCAGAAGGAAGCCCGCACCCUGCAAGAAUCCAUCCAUCCAUGGAGGACGAGAUGACGGCACCGGAGACGAGGUACGUACCGCACGAGCUGGUCACGCAGAUCCUACUUCGUCUCCCCGUCGAGUCGUUGGUGCGGUUCACCUGCGUCUGCAAGACCUGGCAGGACACCAUCACCGGCGAAUCUUUCCAGCGUGAGCACCUCGGCUUCCAAGAGCCGUGCGUGUUGAUCGCGCCGCAGAUCGGCGGCGGCGAUUCACUUAAGGUCACCACACCCGGCUUAUACCGGUGGGAGAAGAGCCAGUGCGCCGCGACCCUCGUUCAAGCCAUGGACUCCCUCCCCGCGGUGGAAGCCAACCGCAGGCACAAUUUGGCGCACUGUGAUGGUCUGGUGCUUGUGGUGUCCAGGGAUGACACGGUGUGGGUGCUCAACCCGGCCACACACCAGGCCCUGUCCCUGCCCCAGAGUUACAGCACGCUGAUUCCGCCCCGUUAUCCCUUCCUUGGGGCGUUUGGUCUCGGGCACAACCCUCGCUCCAACACAUACAAGGUUGCCCGUAUCUAUUAUCACUCUGUGGACACCCGCGGGACCGGUGGUUGCCGUUUCACCUUCAGGGCAGAGGUGUUCAUCAUCGGGAGAGAUCAGCAUUGGCGUCAGACUACAACACCACCACCAUACCCUAUCAUAGCGCGUCGAACAGCAACUUUCUUCAAAGGCUCCUUGCUCUGGACAAUCGACGAGUCAAUCAUGCGUGUGGGGGGUGAUGUAGCCGUCCGAGGCUUCCUCCGCUUCAACUUGACGGAUGAAUCUUUCAGCAUCACACCAGCGCCUCCUGGUUGCCCUGACCUAGGAUACUCGACCUUCAACUUAGCUGAGAUGUGCGGGGAGCUAUACCUUGCUCAUGAAGGGCCCAAAGAGGAGGGAUCCUUCCGUUGCAGGUCGGUUUCGAUAUGGGCAUGCAAUGAUGUGGAUGGCUCUAAUCCGCCGCGAUGGGUUCGGCGUCAUGUCAUCAAUGUCCCACACUGUAUACAUCUGAUAGCUACGUCUAAAGAAGGUAUAUUGUUUCAAGACGGAUCUUACAAUAUCAUGUGCUCUGAUAGACAAAGCAUAGAAGGUGUUAGGCAUGUGGCUACCAUGCAUGACUUGACAUAUCACCAUCCAGACUCAAACACAUAUGUUAAUUAUCCAAAAGAAAUUGUCUAUAGCUAUGAUUUAAUCCCUUACGUUCCAAGUAUGUUGCCAGUCUAGUUACUUGGUAGAAAACAA